CCUCGAAUGUCAAAAUCUUGGAUGGGAAGCAUAGAUUCAAUUGUCACCAAAGCUGGACAUGGCGAACUUUGGGGCUUCGACUUGCGGAAAUGUGAUCGCAAGGUGCUGGAGGCCAUUAUCCAGAAGUAUCGAGACUGCAGUUCCACCAUUCCUUCAUUGCGGGAUUCCGGGGCAAAGAUCCAGCUUGCAGAGAGCCUAGAAUGGCGACGCUACUCAUAUCCACGACGUGUCCUUGCUAAGACAAGAUCUUUUCUACUAGAACUGGGACUGUUCCGUAUCACUCUCCAUCAAGGUAGCUAUGUGAUGUGGGUCACAAUUGAUGAGGACACCCUGAAUUCAUCUGCGCUCUUGAAUUCAAAUCUAGCGUCAUCUGAAGGAUUUGUGAACUUGGGCAUUACCGCCAUGGAACUGCUGGCCGACAUCCUCUUAGGCCACCCACCUAGUGAAUCCUCUGCAGAUGAUCAUCGUGCUUCCUGUGUGGUUGAAUUUAACCUACGUGAUAUUCCCAAAAGCCGUGACAUGAAGUACAGCCUUCGAAAUAGGAUACGCACAGCUAUAGCAAAGAUGGUGUCUCUAAUUCGUUCUUACUACCCAUCCUUCAUUAGCAAGGCAUACAUCAUCAACCCUUCCGAAGAGUAUCUUGCGUAUCUGGAUGUUCCAGAGCGUCUUUUAAGGGAGACUGUACUGUUACAAAGCCCCAAAGAUCUUGGACUCCAUCUUGGAUCGCAGGUACCACCUGAAUAUGGCGGUUUCGGGAAGUCAUUAUCGGAGUCUGAUUGCCUCAGGACCUUUUCUCUUGACUCCAAGAUGCACGACAGUACAAAGGAAAAGGCGAGCCUCUCAACGAUUGCCACCGAAAAUGAAAAGGAUGGAACGGAACCACUGGUCUCCAGUGGUAGCAUCGCCCAAACCACAGAUGAUCCAGAGCCGGAGGAGCCACAACUACGCUUGAUCUACUCAGAAACCAUCGGCCCACCCACCAUUGUUCUCGAUCCGGAGGACUUGGAGGCGAGUGAGGACCUCUGUCCCAACAAGAUGGGUGCUCGUCUUGUACUCGCAGAUUCUGACAUGCUGGUGAAAUUCGGGCAUGGCGUCCGGUUAGCAGAAGCCGAAGCUUUACACCUGGUAUCUGUCCGCACGGCAAUACCAGCACCGAAACUUUUGAGCGCGUAUAUCCUAGACGGCACUGGUUAUAUCGUCAUGUCUUAUGAAGCCGGUGAAUCUCUGGAAAGUUACUGGGACCACUCCUCGAGCACGGAGCAAGAGGAUAUCAUACAGCAGCUACAUAGCUACGUCAAACAGUUGCGCGAGAUUAAAGGUGACUUCAUUGGGGGAAUCGAUGAAUCUCCUUGCCGUGAUGGGAUCUUUGAAGCAGGUUACGGAGACUACAGACAAUACAGCUAUGGUCCAUACUCCUCGGAGCAAAGCUUCAAUGAGGGAAUGGUCCAAGCUCUGCGAGAUCGCCUGCAUCCCAAAACGCUUGAGCGUAACGAUGAUCCCGAAUCUGUGUUUUUCACCGGUGAAUAUACCCUCUACCAGACUGUUAGGGCACUAAAGGAUCAUGAAAUUGUUUUCACUCAUGCUGAUCUACACCCGGGCAAUAUCAUUGUUCGGUCUGAUGGUACACCGGUUAUCUUGGACUGGGGCCUAGCCGGCUUUUGGCCUGCGUACUGGGAAUUUUAUCGUGCCAUGCACAAUCCUACCUGGAGGAGAUCGUGGGAUCGAAUGGUGGAAAAGUUCAUUCCACCAUACUAUAUUGAAUAUGGCGUCAUGGGUAGGGUGUUCUCUGUCGUAUGGAAUUGA